GAGUGGCGUUCCUCAAGGCGGUGCCAGAGGGCACGUACGACGCCAUCAUCGUCGACUCCUCCGAUCCCAUCGGGCCCGCGCAGCAGCUGUUCGAGCGGCCCUUCUUCGAGUCGAUGGCGCGCGCGCUGCGACCGGGCGGCGUGGUGUGCACGCAGGCGGAGUCGCUGUGGCUGCAUCUGCCCAUCAUCAAGGACAUUGCCCUCGCCUGCCACCACGCCUUCAAGGGCUCCGUCAACUACGCCUGGACCAGCGUCCCCACCUACCCCAGUGGCACAAUCGGCUUCAUGGUGUGCUCGACCCCGGGGCCAGAGGUGAACUUCAAGGUGCCAUGCAACAAGAUUGAGGACCAGCCUGAACGACCUGACAACCUGCCCAAGUUGCCGCCUCUAAAGUACUACAACUCUCAAGUCCAUUCUGCUGCCUUCGUUCUCCCGCAGUUCGCCAAGGAGGCUCUUGAGCCCCACCUCACUAAGUAA